AUGGAUCCCCAAGAUACCCGCUCACCCCCCGUCAAAAAGCGUGGUCCGAAACCCCUCCAGUCCUCCAAUCGCAAAACCCAAUACCUAAUCCUCUACAACUUUGUGUCCGCACUUCUCUGGCUCGUCGUUUUGGGUCGAGUAGUUCUCCUUGUCCCACUCGUCGGAUUUGGGCGUUUGUAUCCUGCUGUUGGUACCUUUGUAAAAUGGACACAAACCAUGGCACUUUUGGAGGUUGUGCAUGCAGCUCUUGGAGUUGUACGAGCCCCAAUUAGCACAACUGGUAUGCAAGUAGCCAGUCGACUCCUCCUCGUCUGGUUCAUCGUCAACCCAUUCCCAUGGGUAGCUAAAAGCACUGGAUACUCUACAAUGCUCAUUGCAUGGAGUGUCACCGAAGUAAUUCGAUACUCUUACUUCGUUAUCACACUUAGUGGAUACAAGCCUGAUAUCGUUACUUGGUUUCGCUAUAAUACCUUCUUCGUUUUAUAUCCAUUGGGGAUCAGUAGUGAAUGUUGGUUGAUUUAUAAAGCUAUUGAACCUGCGGGAGAAAUAUAUGGAUCUCUGUAUCCUUUAGUUUUGAAAGCAAUUCUGCUUAUUUAUAUUCCUGGUUCAUAUAUUUUAUUCACACACAUGAUUAAGCAAAGGAGUAAGGUUUUCCGAGCACAGCGAGAGAUUUUGAAAGAUGAAUAG